AUUUGUUCAAUUUUAAAGAUGGAACGUGGUAGACAUUCUGUAGAUGUGGGUAAUCUCCAACGCAACCGCAAGAGGCCAGGGAGAUUGCGUCGACUCGUCCUACUUCACGCAAAGGCAAAGGUAAAGCGCGGGCCAAGUCUUCUUUUCAAAGUCGAGAUGAUUUUGAAACGGAUUACCAACGGAGAGAUGAUAUGAUGAUGUCCGACGAGCAUCUACAAAACCUAUUAUCCCAAAACGAUCCACGCUUUGCACAAGAACAACCCAUCCCGACAACCAUUGAUGAAGAGGAGCUCGAGGAUGACGAUGCGGAGGAGGACGCGGGGGGCGACGGGACUCACGGCACCCCGGAUGAUGAGCAAGACUUGGAGGACGAGGGCGGUUCAACCCAAACUGAGUAUAGCUUGGGAACUUCUGGCGGAUAUGGGAGUCUCACAAGGCAUCUUAAGUCCGCCCAUCUUGUGGAGUAUGCGAAAAUAGACAAGGGCAAGGGGAAGCAAACACAAAUAUCGAGGUUUUGAUAAUGCUAGUAAUAAUACUGCUGCUAUACCUAGAUUGCGUGAAUUGUGUGGUGCUUCUACAUUGAUGGUUGGGGAUGAUUUUGACGUUCUUAAGUGGUGGAAGGAUAAUGAAAGAACGUUCCCGGUUUUAUCAAAGAUGGCUAAGCAAGUGCUAGCAAUGUCGAUAUCAACAGUUGCCGUGGAACAAGAAUUUAGUGCGGCCGGCAACGUCCUAACCGAUUAUAGAACGAGGUUCAGCCCGAGCUCUCUUGAGACGCUAGUUUGCUUCCAUGAUUGGUUGAAGGCCAAACGAAGAACUCAAGAAAUGACCAUCGCUCCCACCCGCCACUUUAUGGAAGAAACAACCACCGAAGGCGGAAAUUCCGAUUGAUUUUUUAUUUCAAAAUGUAUUACAUAUUUUAAAUGCAUCCUAAUUCUCAAUUGUACUUCUUAUUUGAAAUAAAUAUACUUGAAU